AUGCAACGCAGAGCUGUCAUAUCCACGUCGUCGCGCGGGUGUGGUAUUCUCAGUCAGCUCUCAAUUAUUCAUCGUCAUCACUUGCGGCAGAUUCGACCGAGUGGCGUUGCAUCUCGCUUGAACAUGACGUCCACCUCCGAGUCUAAAAAGCCUAACGCACAAACUCCGAUUUUGGAUCGCGUGGUGGACAAGCUUAACAUUUCCAUCAGAACCCACCCGGGCGAGACGAUUGCUGUAUUGCUCGCCUCCGACAUCGGCAGUAUUGGCGCUAUGUACGGCAUCAUCUCUUUGACAGGUCUCGAAUUCUCACCUGAGUUCGCCUUAGCUUUUGCUGCUAGUCGCCCGUUCCGCCGCUUUCGCCUCCCGCUGGACUUGGCAGUCGCUGCUGGUGUCAAAAGAGUCUUUCCGGCUCUUUCAAAAGUUCGGUUGUCGGAACUCGCAAGUGCUUUGCCAAACCGAUCAAGGAUUUCAAAUGCAGGCGUUUUAUCUACGACCAUGGACAGGGUUAAAGAAGUUGUUGACAACUAUGGUGCGGCGUACAUGAUGGGAUCUCGUCUGGCUGGUGUGGCGGUAGUGUACUCCCUAUACGCGCUGAUCAAACAGGGGGUCGACGUGAUGCCGAUUCUCGUUUCGCUGGGUAUGGAAGGUGCGGGAGGAGCGCUUGGAGACUAUGCUGCAGCCGUAGUAUUUGGCAGCACUAUCUACCCACUUACACUUGGUGCCUCAGGCUACGUCGUGCCUGUUGUUGCCAAGCUUCGCAAGACAAUCAUGUCUUAA